AUGAAGCUCCUGAACGCUGCUGGGUUCCUUGUUCUGGUGCCCACCUUGACGCCAGCUCUGGACCCCCUCAGCACCUCCUUCUUCAUGGGAGGCGCUGCUGCUGUUUGGCAGCUCCUCUUCCCUGGCUCGUGGCUCAGGUGCAGCCUCUUGGAGUGCUGCAGCAUGAGGGACACGCUGAACAUCUCAGUCUUGAAGAUGCAUUUGGAGCAGAAGGUCUUCGGCCAGCAUCUUGCUGGCCAAAUAGUUCUGAGAGCUCUGAGUGCAAAUGUUCAUUCCCAUCGGCCCAGGAAGCCUCUGGUCAUGUCCUUCCACGGCUGGACAGGAACGGGCAAAUCAUUUGUCAGCAGUAUCAUUGCAGAGAACCUCUAUCAGCCUGAUGCACCACGGAGGAUGUUUGUGCACCACUUCAGCACAGUACUGCACUUCCCACAUGCCUCACAUGUCCAUCUGUAUAAGGAGCAGCUGCAGAAUUGGAUCCGGGGGAAUGUCAGCGCCUGUCCAAGGUCCCUCUUCAUCUUCUCCGAAAUGGAUCAGAUGCCACAUGGCCUGAUCGACUCCAUCAUGCCCUUCCUUGGCUACCGCAAAGAGAUCAACGGUGUUUAUUACGGCAAGGCAAUCUUCCUCUUCCUGAACAACGCCGGAGGAGAUAAAAUAACAGAGGUUGCUCUUGAUUAUUGGAGAAGGCAGAAAAGAAGAGAAGAAAUCCCUUUAAAGGAGCUGCAGUCUCUGAUGUCUGAGGAAAUUUUCAACAACAAGAACAGUGGUUUCUUCCACAGUCAACUGAUCCAGAAGAACCUAAUUGACUAUUUCAUUCCUUUCCUUCCUCUCGAAUAUCGACACGUGAAAGAGUGUGUCCGGCGGGAGCUCCGCUUGGGAGGCCACCUCGAGGAUGAAGACCUCAUGACGGAGAUUGCCUCGGCCAUGACUGACUAUCCCAGUGAGGAAAGACUCUACUCCAGCAAAGGCUGCAAGACUGUGGCCUCCAGAGUGAUUCUGAGCGUCUAGACAUUCCA